CGUCGUAAAUAAGAAGUCGUCUGAUUCCCGCAGUGAGACAUUUUUUGUUGUUGUUCCAAACAUUCUUCAAGGGUCUGACGGACCAGACUCACGUCUACAGCUUUAAUUUAACCCUGCUGCAGGUGACUACUGACUGCAAACUGAUUUCACAUCAACAGUGUGUUAGGAUUACCUACAAAAGGAGGACAAAAUGAACUGUGGCCUGCUGACAAACAAGAAUGAGCCAGUUCCACUGAAGCACAUCGAGGUGGAUCUGCAGGUUCAGGGGCAUGUAGCGACGGUGACCUCCACCCUGCAGUAUAUAAAUGAGGAAGAGAACCAUCUGGAGGCUGUGUUUGUCUUCCCCAUGCCUUCAGGAGCUGCUCUCUGCCAUUUCAGCGCCAGGAUUGCAGACCAGGAGAUAGUGGCUGAGGUGCAGGAGAAACAGGAGGCGCGGGAGCAGUACGAUGAUGCAGUGAGUUCAGGUCAACAGGCCUUUCUGCUGGAGGAGAGUGAGGAGUCUGCGGACGUGUUCAAGAUGAGUGUAGGCUCUCUGCCACCAGGACAGAGCGCCGCCAUCACCUUCAUCUAUAUCACUGAGCUGAGUGUACAGGCUGACCAUUCACUGCAAUUCUGCCUGCCUGCAGUGCUCAACCCCCGCUACACACCAGCCGGUUCAGGUGGUGGUAUAGUUUCAGAGAUAACAUCAAGUUCUUCUGGUAUUCCCUACUCUCUCUCUUUUACUGCACACGUGAGCUCUCCAAACCCCAUCACUAAAGUGGAGUCCAAAUGUCCUUUAGAGCCCCUGAUGUUCCUCAACACAGACCACACAAAGGCAAAGGUAAGCCUUUGUGCAGGUCAUAUGUUUGACAGAGAUAUCGAGCUGUAUCUAUAUUAUCAGAAUCCUCAUCAGCUCACUGCUAUAGUGGAAGCUGGAUCUCCCGCAGCAAAGCCAGGGACUCUCCUGGGAGACCCUGUGGUCAUGGUCAGUUUCUAUCCAGAGUUUCCUGAGUCAGUGAUGUCCUCUGUGUCGUCGUGUGGCGAGUUUGUGUUUGUUAUGGACAGAUCUGGCAGUAUGAGCUGCCCCAUGCAUAAUGGACAAGGUGCACAAGAACGCAUCGAGUGUGCCAGGGACACUCUGCUCCUGCUGCUGAAGAGUCUCCCCAUGGACUGUUACUUCAACAUCUAUGGCUUUGGCUCUCACUAUGAAUCCUUCUUCCCGAAAAGUGUGCAGUACAGUCAGGACACUAUGGAGCAGGCUGUGAAGAAAGUAAAUGAGAUGCAAGCAGACAUGGGGGGCACAGAGAUUCUGCAACCUCUGGAGCACAUUUACAAACAGCCUUGUAUCCCCAACCAUCCAAGACAGUUGUUCAUAUUUACAGAUGGUGAAGUAGGAAACACCAAAGAUGUUCUUCACUGCGUGAAGAGCAAUGCUGAUGUCCACAGAUGCUUCUCAUUUGGAAUUGGUGAAGGUGCAAGUUCUGCACUCAUCACAGGAUUGGCUGAGAACAGCUCUGGCCACGCCCAGUUCGUCUCAGGAAAAGAGCGCAUGCAGGCCAAAGUAAUGCAGUCUCUUCGCUAUGCUUUGCAACCAGCAGUGAUAGAUAUCACUGAGGAUUGGACUGGUUUGUCUUUCACCCGUCUGAGCCCCCCGAUUAAUUCACUUUUCCAUGGUCAAAGAGCACUGAUUUAUGCCCAGUUGAAAGGAGAGGAAUGUCAGAACCCAGACACUAAGGGGAAAAUAUCAGUGCGGUACCGCCUAGGAAAUCAAGAGGUAACGAACACCGUCCACUUCUCCCUGAAGCCGGCUGAGGAGAGCGGACUGGCCAUCCACAGGCUGGGCGCUCGCUCUCUGAUCCGCUCUCUGGAAAGGGACGAGCAGGAUGAUGGAGCUGAUAAAGAGGCUCUGAAGGCCAGAGUGGUGGAACUGAGUAAGCAGUCUGGAGUGAGCAGCUCUCACACAGCCUUCAUAGCUGUCCAUAAGGGCAGCGGACAAGCUGUGAAAGGACCACUGGUGAAGAGGAGAAUUCCUACCCCUAUGUUUAUGGCAUGUUCAAUGGGCGUUAACCUGUGUAAGGCUGCACCAAUGAAUGCACCAAAGGGUCAUCGUUUGAAAAUGUUUAAGGCUGUACCAAUGAAUGCACCAAAGGGUCAUCGUAUGAAAAGUCGUAAGGUUGCACAAAAGGCUGCUGUUUUUGAUAGACUUUUAGGCAGGUGUUUUUGCAUUCAGUCCUUGGACAACGAAGAGAUGAUGUCUGCAUGUGCUCCAGUUACAGCUAGUGGAUUUCAUCCAGUGGUAGAGUGUGAUGGAGGUUUUGACAUGAACCCAGAUGUCUCUGUAGACACCCUUGAGGCUCCAAAGGACCCGUUGUUGCAGCUCGUCUCCCUCCAGAAGGCUUUGGGUUGCUGGGAAAUGGAGUCUACACUUGCAGAGGUGUUUGGGAGGACAGAAAAAGAGCUGAUCGAGCAGAUUCCUGCACAGGUGAAGCCAGAUGUCUGGGCUACACUUCUGGCUCUGAUUUGGUUACAUGGCUUUAAGAUCGAUGUACAGGAUGAGUGGCAGUUUUUGGCCAUGAAAGCAGUGGCAUGGAUCCGCACUCAGAAAGUGGUCAACCAGUCAGAGUGUGUACGGGUAGGUAAUGCUCUACUGGGCUGUCAGGUUAAAGAAGAUGCUCUUGGUCUCUGAAGACUUCACCCUCUUACAGCGUCCACAUAAAAGCCUUGGCAUCAUUUCUCUUGUCUACAUUUUAAAAGAGCUUUACAUUGAUUAGUAUAGUAGGGGAAUUACUAGUAUGCCAUUAAGCACUGGAAACUUGAUUGCCUUGUAGCGAUCAAGUGAACAGGUACAUAAACAUCUUUGCACAGAUUUAGUGUCAAUAAUACUCACUAUAAUCUUUUAGCUGCCUUAUUUUGCCUUAUUUAAUCUCACAUAUUAAACUGUUAAUGGAGAGACCUCUUUUACAGCUAGCUGAUACAUGCUGUUAGUUGGCAAGCAACCCAAUAUAACUCACCAGUGCAAAUAUUUGUUUUAGAAAUGCAAAUUACAAGAUGCUUCCAUAAUUUCGUCUCUCAACAUUGAGUGGUUCCAUAAUUUUUUCCUCAACAUUAAGGGAUUUCCAUAAGUUUUUCCUCAACUUGAUCUGGAAAAAAAAAGUGCAAUUAAUUAAAAUAAUUCAAUUUAAUUUGUUUGUGUAUGUUUCAUGAAGCCAUCAUGUCCAGCUAUUAAAAAUUGUUCUGUGUCA